GCCUCACACAGGUACACACACUACCUCACCAUACACAGUGACCAUGAAGGAGGGAACGUCAGCGCUCACACCAGCCACCUGGUGGGCAGCGCUCUGUCCGACCCCUACCUGUCCUUCAGCGCCGCCAUGAACGGCCUCGCUGGCCCUCUGCACGGCCUCGCCAACCAGGAGGUGCUGGUGUGGCUGACGGCGCUGCAGAAGGAGCUGGGAGGAGAAGUUUCUGACGAGAAGAUGAGGGAUUACAUCUGGAACACACUCAAGUCUGGACGGGUUGUCCCCGGUUACGGCCACGCCGUCCUGAGGAAGACGGACCCCCGCUACACCUGCCAGCGGGAGUUUGCUCUGAAGCACCUGCCCAACGACCCGCUGUUCAAGAUGGUGGCUCAGCUCUACAAGAUCGUGCCCAACGUGCUGCUGGAGCAGGGCAAGGCCAAGAACCCCUGGCCCAACGUGGACGCCCACAGCGGGGUGCUGCUGCAGUAUUAUGGGAUGUCUGAGAUGAACUACUACACGGUUCUGUUCGGAGUCUCCCGGGCUCUCGGUGUCCUCGCUCAGCUGGUGUGGAGCCGGGCGCUGGGCUUCCCUCUGGAGCGCCCCAAGUCCAUGAGCACGGACGGACUGAUGGCUCUGGUGGGGGCCAAGUCAGGCUGAACACCUUAGCACAGGUGUGGGGGGGGCGGGGCUUAAAGUCAGGGCUGCAGGGGCGGAGGAAACAUCCAGGGAUUUAAAGAGACAGUACGCUUUUUAAUCCUCUAAAGAAGGGCCAGUUUAAAACACGUGUAACCCGCAGUAGACUCGCUAUAAACCGCAGCUGUGUUCCUACGACCAGGCGGUGACAUUCAUUAUGGGAUCUUAUCAAACAUCUAAAGCCGCAGUUAUUGUUCCCCCUGCUAGCUCCAAUUAUGCAACGUUCCCCUCCCCGCGCUUCACUCCCCUUAACGAACACUCCAGUUUAGAGUCGACCAUUUCAAAAAGGUACUGGCCCUUUAAAUCUUUGGUCCCUCCUCCUCCUGCUGCUUGUAGUUUCUUUUCAUUUUUCUUAAGGACCUGUGUCGCCUCUAUGAUCAAAAUAACUGUCGACUUCCUGUCUGUUUUUAACGGGUCUGCUCAAACCGUGGAGAGUAAUGUACAGUGACGGUAAUUAAAGAAUACAGAUUUGAGCAAAGGGUCUUUUAAUUGGCAGUAAAUCCUUUUAAGAGCAAGUGUGAAUUUUGAAGUGUGUUGGGAUGAGGGUGGGGGGGGGGGGCUUUGUACAUUAAGUCCCGUCUCUAUUUGAGUGUGUGUCUUUAUCCCCACAGCGGAGCGCUUUAAACAGCUACUCCAAACUGAGCACUUGCUUGACUGGACCCCCUAAUGAGUAGCUUAGAUGAAACCAUGAUGACUGCGUCCCCCUUUUUACAGUUCUUUUUCUCUUUGGUGUUGAAUAUGUAUAAAACUAUAAUCUCUGGGUUCUCAUUUGGUGGUUUUAUUUAUACUUUGUGUACAUAGUUAUAUAUAUGUAUAGCUUGAAUGUAUGAGCUUGUAAUAACCCCAAUGAUUCCCGUAGUUUCCCCACAGCGUCGUGUAGAAAGCGCCGAACAAAACUCAGAAAGCUGCAGCUAUGUAAAUACACGACUCCUCGCCGGUGCUUUCAGAUUCUGAGAUUCACGCUUGCUCUCAAAGCCCUGGGUUUGUCAACACUCCAUGUGUGUGUAGUUUAUUUCUAGUCAGCAGCUUCCUCCGUGUUUUUAAUCCCCUCUUCUGGUUUGUGUUGGGGUUAUUUUGAUCGUAGAGGUUGUUCGUGUCUGGGGGACUCGGUAGAGGAAUGUGUGGGGGUUAGGUCAGGAGGGGUCAAACAGGGCAAGAUCAACUUGAGGAAAACCCAACGAAAAAAAGAAAAUAAUAAAGGUUUUUAUUGACACUU